AUGGCGAUGAUUACAUUGUCUGAGGUAGAGACGCAUGAUGGGCUGCCUUUUGUUAAGCCUAGCGGGACUUCUUAUAGUCUAGAUGAGAAGAUAGUUGCUCCAUCGAUUGAAGAGGUCGAUGACGACCCGGAGAUGUUGAGGAAUUUAAGAGGACAAGGACGUUACUUCGGGGCUGAAAAAGAGGAAGAUGGUAUUAAAGAAGCAGAACCUAAAUGUAAGAACUGCUCCCAGCGAGGUCAUAUCAAGAAAAACUGCCCUCAUGUAAUAUGUUCGUACUGUGGACUAAUGGAUGACCACUAUUCACAGCACUGCCCAAAGACGAUGAGAUGCUCACAUUGUAAUGAAAGUGGGCAUUAUAGGCAGCAUUGUUCGCAGAAAUGGAAAAGAAUUUUCUGUACCUUGUGUAAUAGCAAGAAACACUCUCGGGACAGGUGCCCAAGCAUCUGGCGAAGUUACUGCUUGGCAAGCACAACAGUCAAGCGCGUGCUACCGAGCCAUCGGUUAUACUGCUAUAACUGUGCAGGUAAGGGCCAUUUUGGCGAUGAUUGCCCUUUGCCCAGGUCUUCCAGAGUCCCAAAUGAUGACGGCAGUGCAUUUUCUGGCGAUAAUUUGGCCAGCGACCUAAGAAGAGAAUACUUUAACCGUCUCUCUAAGCAGAAGCGCGAAUACGAGUACUACGAAGAAACGGAAGCUGGAGCAGAAGAAGACACAUACCAUAUUAACUACGAUGACUAUGAGGUAGACGAGUCACAGUAUGCAAACGAGUCCAAGAGCAGGAAUAGAAAACGCAAGAGAAAUAAUGAUAAUAAUUAUUAUGGAACAAACAAGUCUAAUUCCAACAGAAACGGGCUACCAGUUCCAGUAUCAAAGGGUAGGACCCUGCAACCGCCCAACAGCCGGUGGAAAAAUUCACUAACAUUCCCCCGGGGUGGAAAUAACGGUAAUGGAUCAAGUGUUAUAGGAUCACGUUAUCUGCCGCCCGCCCCGUAUCAAAAUGAUGUAGCGCGUAGAAACUACAAUUCAUACCAGCCUUACAGAAGCGGUACACUCGCACGUAAGAGAUAG